AUGGCCAACUCAAUAUGGAACACUAUGUUUUCUAAUGCAAUUUUUAAUGCUCUACCUGCAAUCAAAUCUAACCAUUCUCCAUUACAUUUAAAGCUGUCUAUUCCAAUUUUAAACACCCAGAGAUCUCAAGACAAAUUUAGGUUUGAAGCUUCUUGGCAACUUCAUGAGGAUUGCUCUACAACUGUUGAAUCUACUUUAGAGAAUUCUAGGGAAGGGCUGGAUGCUGCACCAUCAUUUAGAAACAGAUUAGCUAUGUGUGCUAGUAGUUUGAAAAGGUGGAUUUCGGGCAGGAUGAUCACUGAUAAUAUGAUUGUUGCAUAUGAGACCCUUCAUUCAAUGAAUACUAGAAUGUUUGGCAAAUUUGGUUUUAUGGCAUUAAAGCUAGAUAUGAGUAAGACAUAUGAUAGAGAAGAGCGGGGUUUACUAAAAGCUGUAAUGGAAAGGUUAGGGUUUACUGAUCAGUGGAUUUCAUUAAUAAUGAAUUGCAUCACUUUAGUUUCCUUCUCUUUGUUGCUGAAUGGUGGGGUUUGCUCUUCAUUUAAGCCUACUAGAAGCAUUAGACAGGGAGAUCCUCUCUCUUCCUAUCUAUUCAUCACCUAUGUUGAAGCAUUGUCCAACAUGCUGUUUCAAGCUGAAUCUCAUGGUAUCAUUUUGAAUGUACCUAUUGGUGGAGGACAUGUGUAUGUGAAUCAUCUCUUUUUUGCAGAUACUAGUUUUCUUUUUUGUAAGGCUAAUUCUCUUGAAUGGAGUAAGAUACUUUUUAUAUUAAAAGUCUAUGAGAAGGCUUAUGGUCAAAUGCUUAAUAAGGAAAAAAUAGCAAUCCAUUUCAGUAGGAAUACUCCAAUGGAGGUAAUGGAUAAUAUUCUAAGUAUCUCAAGCAUUAAAUCCAAAGGGUCCUUUGAGAGAUAUCUUGGCUUGCUUGCUGUGAUCGGUAGAUCUAAAGCAAGCACUUUUCAUUCUCUUCUUGAUAGGAUAUGGUCUAGGGUGAAAAAGUGGAAGACUAAUAGCCUAUCUGCAACUGGAAAAGAAAUAUUGCUUAAAUCUGUUCUACAAGCUAUCCCCUUCUAUGCAAUGGGGAUUUUCUUGCUGCCUAAUUCCAUUACUUGUAGAAUUAAUAAGCUGUUAAAGAAGUUUUGGUGGGAAUUUAAUGAAGACACGUCCAAGAUAUAG